AUUUGGCGGCAGCUCAAAGGGAAUGCAGGGAAAUGUGAUCCAUAUGGUGGCACUAUAAAGUCCACCCCAAACCUGAGCCCAUAUCAGAACCAGCCAAGCCUCCUUAACCGCCUCCCAUUCACUCUCCACUCCUCAGCGACAGCAGUGAUCCACCUUGCCCAGAGAUCUUCUCACACCUGACUUACCCCAGGAGAGGCUGCUGAAAGGAGGUCCGGUUGGAUUUGCUAUGAAUUUACUGUACCAUGUGGUGUUCCUGCUUCUGCUGGGAGGGGUGUCCUGCCAGAACAACCGCAAUGCCAAGCCAAGCAGCAAGUUGACCAAGAAGACCGGCAGCCAGAGCGUGGAGUUGGCCCCGGACGAUCAGCCCCAGUCGGCGCCGGGGGCCGUGGAUCCCGGCAAGGAGUCCGGCGCCGGCGGGCGGUCCGGCUCACAGCAGGCCCCGGCCCUCCCCAAGCCCAGCGACGACAUGAAGCUGCACUUCCUGAAGAACACGCAGGUCACCUGCAACGACGGCACUGCGGCAGGAUUUUACUUAAAGGAAUUUAAAGGAAGUAAGCGAUGGCUGAUAUUUUUGGAAGGUGGUUGGUGCUGCUAUAACAAAGAGACCUGCAAUUCCAGAUAUAAAAAUAUCCCUCGUCUCAUGAGCUCAUCAGAGUGGGCGCAAACCCGCAAAGGAACUGGAAUACUGUCAUCACAGGCUGAGGAAAAUCCUCACUGGUGGAAUACCAACAUUGUGUUUAUUCCGUACUGCUCCAGCGAUGUUUGGAGUGGGACUGCCCCUCCACCCAAGACCAAACAAGGAAAAGACACUGCUGAGUAUGGCUUCAUGGGAUCCUUGAUUAUCCGAGAAGUGAUUAAGGACCUUGUUCCCAAGGGCAUCAAACAGGCCAAAGUUGUCAUGUUGGCUGGCACAAGUGCUGGGGGAACAGGUGUGCUGCUGAACAUUGAGAAGGUGUCCAGCCAGCUGCAGCAGUUGGGGGCGGAGGCACAGGUACGAGGACUGGUGGAUUCCGGCUGGUUCCUGGAGAGCAAGCAGCAGAAGGCACCAGAGUGUCCUGACAGCAUCUCCUGCACCCCCACGGAUGCCAUUAAGAAGGGCCUUCGGCUAUGGAAUGGGGUCAUCCCAGAGAAGUGCCGUCAGCAGUACAAGAGAGGGGAGGAGUGGCAGUGCUUCUUCGGUCAUAAGCUCUACUCCUCCCUGACUUCCCCACUGUUUGUGGUGCAGUGGCUCUUUGAUGAAGAGCAGCUACGAGUGGAGAAUAUCUACAUCGGGGGCCAGUCUUUGUCCGAACAGCAGUGGACAUACAUGCAGAACCUGGGCAAGGAGCUCAAGAACUCACUGAAAGAUGUCACGGCGGUGUUUGCUCCCUCCUGCUUGUCCCACACAUUGAUCACUAAAAGUAACUGGCUGGAUUUCCAGGUUAAAGGAACCACUCUCUCACGGGCCCUGCAGUGUUGGGAUAAGAGCCUCCAGGAAGCAAAUCGAAACAGCAAGACCGCCCUGAAGGGCUGCCCCAUCCAUCUGAUUGACAACUGCCAGUGGCCUCAGUGCAACCCCACCUGCCCAGCUCUGAUUGAUCAGACCACCCAACAGGAGCUCACACUCCUUCAGGUGCUUGCAGGAAUGGGCCUGGAUCUGAAAAAAUUGGGCUUGGACCUUAAGCAGGAGGGUAGCACUUUAACUGGCAUGGUCAGUAAUGGCGGUUAGAUCUAAGCUACCCGGGGCAUGCACCCAACCAUUAAACCACUGUGGUCCUUUGAGGGGAGGAAUUAUGAUGUAAACAUAAUGAUCUAAAUCUGGUACUUGUGCCACCAAGCAUUCCAUUGUGCUCCACUGUCACAUGGUGUUUUCACCAGUAGGUAUGUCACUGGGUAUCUGUUUCCCCAGGCACCCUCUGCGGCCAGAGGGAGAAUUACCUGCUUGUCUCUGAAAUAAGUUGAACAUGACUGCUAAAUACCUGUAUGUAGCCAUCAAACCUUUCAAAGCUUUCGUGCAAACAUAAUGAGCAAAAGUCGGCUUCAAAACUUGUUAAUGAGGAAGCUUUAUUUGCAGCUUCCAGUCUUUUUGGCAAAACACAGUGACUUUUGUAGAUUUAACUGAUGAGAUGUUAUGUUGACUGGAGACUGGAGCAGUACUAAAGAAGCACAUGUGAAUGUUGGUAAGACUUAGUUUGGGGAUACCGCCAGAUGCAAUCAAGGCUAUCAAUUCCACUCCUAGUCUCUGUAACUGAUACCUUUCCCUGCUGAUUGACUGGGUGAACGUUCCAAGAGCAGUGCUACAGUACACCUUAAAUAUGAUUGGGCACCACUCUGCAGGAUUGGAGAGGCAUCGCCAUCCUCCUUUUGCUGAGCUGUGGAAAAUUUCAUCUAAUGCUGCUACUGCUACUGAUAAUGUAAAACACAUGAAUACAUAAAUACGUUCAUGUACAGAUUUUUGAAUAUGAUGGGUGCAUGCUGAGAGCUAAGGUCAGUAGAGCGAGGGUAGUAUAUUAGGGCAUUGCUACUCUGAUAACCUCCCAUGUGGCUGUCAUAGUGAUAGCAAGGGCUUUUAUUUUUUGUUUUACAACAUAUUUGAUUUAGACAAACUAAAAUUGAUCAUCUGAAGUGAGAGUGAUACUGAUGUCUGUGUUUUCCUUUGCUGCAGGGAACAUUUCCCCGGGCCUUUUAGAAGUAAAGGUUGAAUUAUUGGUUGUUAAACACAGAGAGCAUUCACCUCUCAGUGAUGAAGUUUAAUGCUAGAGACUAUUUAAUAAUGCACAUUGUUUUUUUUUGAGAAUAAUUUCUCCAUGAUUUCAGUAAAAUGACAUAAACUGUCCUCUUUAUAUCAAACAGUUUUCAACCUUAAAAAGUCAAUUUGAUUGUUAACAGUACAAUUCUGGAGGUCACAUUAAACAUAUUUAUUUUUCAUUACAUUUGUUCAUCUAUAUUCAGUAAAAUAAGUAACUAACAAGAUGUUUAUUCUUACAGUAUUAUAUGAAAUGAAGUAUUAUGUAUUGUAU